UCGCAGGUGUGCUCCUCUUGGUUCAUGUUGACAGCUUUUUUUUUUUGACAGCCACAUUAAGAAACUUUGAAUUUAUUAGAUGAAAACACCACAAUGCCUCUUUCUGUGCAUUUUACAUUUUCUAUAUAUAUUCUGUUCAAAUUGGUGGCAGUUAGAUGCUACACUUAUCAAACCAAACCUCUGUUUCUGUCUUUUUCUGACUUGGCUGCUCUUGAAGCAAACUCAAACAAACCAAACACUCACCCGUGGAGCGACACUAGGGAUCCCGCUGGAAUAAUAACUGCUGCCGGAGAGCACAAGGUGAAGACCUUUGUGGUGAAAUGUCAUGAGGACAGUAUCGAGGUUGUGAUGAAAGCUUAUCUGUUUGACCCUGCUCUGCCUGUGGAGCCCACACACUUGAGGCUUGGACCUGUCAGUGCUGCACACAGUCACUGCACAGCCAGGAAGUCUGAACAUGGAGAGUACAUCAUCAGAGCGGCACUGAGUGACUGUGGAGGCAGAGUGAUGUUCACAGAGAGUGCCGUACUAUACAAGAACCUGCUGCUGUACUCUCCCCCUCCAAAAUCACAAGGAGACGUAUUUUAUGUGGAGGGAGCUGCUGUUCCUGUGCAGUGUAAAUAUAAAAGCAGGAGGUACACAGUGAGCAGCAGAGCCCUGAAACCGACCUGGACUCCCCUGAUCUCCGUUCACUCGACUCAUCUCCACCUGGACUUCCACCUCAGGCUCAUGACAAAUGACUGGAGCAGUGAGAGAAAGUCAUCUGUUUACUUCCUGGGGGAGAUGAUCAACAUUGAAGCCUCUGUAGAUCAUCGUCAUCUUCCUCUUCGUCUGUAUGCAGACAGCUGCGUGACCACUCUGACCUCCGAUGUGAAAUCAUACCCCAGAUACCCCUUCAUAGACCACCAUGGAUGUUUUACAGACUCCCAGCUGAACGGCUCCGGCUCUCGUUUCCUGCCUAGAGUCCAGGACACCCUCCUCCAGAUACAACUCGAACCUUUCCUCUUCCAUCAGGAUCACAGACAUACUAUCUAUAUCACAUGUCACUUGGAAGCAGAGCUCACUUCAAACAAUAAGAACCCAGAAAAAAAGGCCUGCUCUUUUAUGAGCGGAAGGUGGAAGUCCGUGGAUGGAGAAGACGACGUGUGUGAGAGCUGUAGCAAGAUUCAAGAGACAAAUCGCAGCAACAGUGAUGAGCCCGGCCACAAGAGGGCACCGAGGAGUAAAACAAAGUACAGAUUAAAUGAGCUGCAGAGGGAAACAACUGUUGGUCCAAUCAUAUUUCUCCCCAGAAAGGCUGAACACAGUGGAAAUGACAAGUAUCUGUAUUGAAGUUAUUGGGUUUAAUAAAACUGAUGUUUGUUUGUUUG